AUGCUUUCAUUCUCAUUACCCUCUUUCAGUUUCCUUCCAUCCUGGAAACGCCAGACAGUAUUCGACAUCCCACCAGUGAGGGUCCAUGAUGUCGACACAGCCCACGAAAAGCCCGCUAGGGCCUUGAAGCACCUGCUCAAACUGAACCACGCGAAUCACGCCAUCCUGUACAACGAGCGGAAAUUCCACAACCAUGCCCCUCAUAUUCUGAGUUCAGCGUUUCUCCAAGGUGCAGAUGCGGAUGAUCUGAACCGCGUGUAUGAGGCUGAGUCGAAGACGCUGGAGCCGUGGAUUGAUUCUCCGGGGGAGAUCAGCACCUAUGACUGGCGGGAUUUCCUUGGACGGCGGGAGUACCAGCGGGCGUUUGUGGAUUUCUUUGAGGACGAGCUUGUGCGGCACGGGUAUGACUGGAAGAAGGUCGUAGCGGACUAUCUGUUCUCCGGCAAGGAACCACUGUUUAGUUCGCUUGUUGCUGAUCGUGAGUGGUUGCGAUAUUUGCUUCAGGAGGGAUAUGCUGAUGUUGUGCGUUUAGUUGGGCAUCCGUUGAUUCAUCUGGGUUAUGCCUUUGAGAUGUCCAGUCGGGAGGUCGCUAUGGAGGCGUUGGGUCUUGUGGCGACUUGCUACAGCGACAUACACAAGUACAUUGAUGAUUCAUCUUAUUCUAGGGCGGACUCGUCGUACCAUUCGUCAUCGCUUUUUGAGAUCCUAGCCAAGGUCCGCGCUGACAAGCGCUUUAAAGGGGUGUUUGCAACACCAGGGGACCAUAACUUGGAGACUCUCUUCCGACACCACGAGGCGGCCCUACUGGACCAUUGGAACGCUUGGAAGAUUGAGGAUCCAGUGCCUCAGUUCCGCGAAAGCCAGCAACUCGCCGCCGCUGUGCUCACUGCUACACAAGCAGAUCCCACUGAGAAAUACGAUUUCUUCCUCGUGCAUAUCCUGACCACCAGCCAUGCUGUCCGGAUCCUCCUGCCGUUGAUUCCUGCGCGGUUUCAAGUUCCACUCGUCAGGCAGUGGUGGCUGAUGACGCUGGCUGUGUACAUCGCCCAGCUCAGGCCGGAGAUCGAUCUUGGCCGAAUUCGAAAUUACGACCCGCAAGGAAGAGACUGGAAAUGGACCGCCAAGCAAGCAGUCAAGAGCAAGCAUUCUACGGACGCACAUUAUGUCAAGGCUCUGCGUGCUAUGCGGGAGGCUGCAGCAACAUGGGGAGACUCGGAUGGGCUUUAUCUAAAGGCAGCUGUGAAAUUUGCCGAGGAGUUCGACGGUUGGGGAGGGUUUGUGUAA